CUGUACUUGAAUAGAUGUUUACUGCAUUUCUUCCUACCAAGUACUGUUACAAAUAUGGAAAUUAUUAUUAUAUUAAUUUCUACUGUUCUGCUUUUGAUAUUUGCUUCAUGGUUUAGGAAGCAAAGACAACGAAUGACAUAUUUUAAAAGAAUUGGCGUUCCUGGACCACCACCUCAUUUUAUAACAGGAAAUAUGAAGGAGAUAGAUGAGAAGGGAUUAGCAGAAUGUCAUCGUCUAUGGAUUGAAAAAUAUGGAAAGAUCGUUGGAUAUUACAUCGGUUGCAGACCGUUCAUUUUGACAAGUGAUAUAGAAUUGUUAAAGUUGAUACAAAUUAAGUAUUUCUCCGAUUUUAAUGACAGAAAAGUAGUAGUUCCUAAAGGAACCAUGCCGAGCCUAGUAUCUGGACAUUCUAUCGUAGCUAAUAGGGGAGGAAAGUGGAAGAAAAAUAGAAGCAUUAUAACACCAACUUUUACAUCAGGGAAACUAAAACAGAUGUAUUCUCUGAUGGAAAGUUCUGUGGAAGACUUCUUGCAACUAUUAAAUAAAUAUUCUCUUCGUAACGUUGAUAUUCACAAAUUAUACACAAAGUUAAGCAUGGACGUUAUAGGAAAAACGAAUUUUGGAAUUAAAACUGAUGUACAAUUUAACAAUGACAGCAGUUUCGUACAUGAUUGUGAAUUUGCUGUAAGCUUUAGUUUGGCUGAUCCAUCCGUAAGGAUAUCAGUUUAUUUUCCAGAUACUUCACCUGUUGUAUUCAUUCUUAGAGUACUUCAUGAUAAUCUUCGAUAUUUAUUUAAACUUCCUAGCGUAACUAGACUCAUUAAAACAGUAAAUGACGUUAUUAAAGCAAGAAAAUUAAACAAACAGAAAAGGUGUGAUCUGAUUCAAUUAAUGAUAGACAAUGGAAUCUCUAAUGAGCAAUUAAGAUCAACUGAUAUUCAAACUCUAACAGCAGACUCCACUUCUACAAAGGCUAAUAAAGAAAUCUCUUUCCAAGAAAAUACGGAACAGAAACUGCAUCGUAUGACAAAUAAAGAAAUUCAAGGAAAUUCUUUGAUAUUUUUCCUAGCUGGGCACCAUACUACCAGCACUUGUUUAACUUACACGACAUUUUUAUUAGCGACACAUCAAGAUAUUCAAGAAAAUUUACGACAAGAAUUGUUAAAUGUCUUUCAUCAAAAAGAAGAAUUAACAUAUGAUGACAUCAUGAAUUUAAGUUAUAUGGAUCAAGUUGUAAGUGAAUCACUUCGUAUUUAUCCUCCCGUUAUCAGUUUUGUCACUCGAAAAAGUAAUAUAGAAUUUCGCUAUAAAGAUUAUGUAUUUCCUAAAAAUACAGCUUUUCAAGCUGCUAUUUGGGUUUUGCAUCGUGAUCCGGAAUUGUGGGAAGAUCCUUUAGAUUUUAAACCAGACAGAUUUUCACCAGAAAAUAAAUCAAAUAUGGGUAUUUCUUACCAACCCUUUGGCGCUGGACCACGUAACUGUGUUGGAAUGAGAUUCGCUCUUUUAGAAAUCAAACUAAUUCUAGUAAAAUUACUGCUGAAUUACCGCAUUCUUCCUAGUUCCGAGACAAAUCUAGACGUGGAGUACAAAGUAUCUGUCACCGCACCCAAGAGUGGAAUGUUCGUUCGACUAGUUCCUCUUUCAAUACAGAAGCCAUAAAUAUUUUCUAAUUAAAACUGUAAAAAAAAUGAGAUAAAAUAAUUUAAAUCGGAAUUAGAGUAUUAAUUAUAGAUGAGCAUCCAAUGCUAAUUCUUCAUCCAAAUUUAACACUGACGAUCGAUAUUAUUCUAAUUAGUGUUUGUCGUACGUUGAACUAAUGUCAAACAAGUUUCUUGGUUAGGCCAAGGAGAACUUGUGCGGAAGGAAUCAUUCGGUUCAUGGUCUUCAACCUCCUGAUUGACCUUGCCACAAAUAUCUUCAGACAGUUUAAACUAGACAGCCUUUUGCUGACGUUUCUCUACUUUAUACUCCAACAUAUGGUAAAUGUUAAAUUGUAUUUCACACGA